AUGGCCCCGAAGCAGGCCACACUUGGGUAUGUGAAGCCGGCCCAGACGACGAUAGGGAGGUUCUUCGCGCAGGUGGACGGGACAAGACCGAGAGCGGCGCCGAGGCAGACUACGUUAUCGUUCUCGACGAAAUCUAAUGGGCCAGCGGAGAAGAAGGAGGUGAAAGAAGAGAUCGAUGCUGGCGAUGUGUCUCCGCAGAGCGAUACUAAGAAGAGGUCCCGCGCGAAAAAUGAAGAGCUAAAUGCGUCUGAAACGGAGUCCGAGACGAAAUCUAUCAAAGAAGAGGCCGAGGCGCCACCUUCAAAGAGGGCCCGAAGGAAUAGAAAGAGGAUAGAAGACGACGAGGAUGAGGUUAUGACCGAGGCAUCUGCGCCUUCUCCCAAGCCCAAGAAGGAGAGCCCUGUUAGAAAGCGAAGCCGAAGCCGGAGUCGAAGCCCUACAAGUCCAGUAAAGCCGAAAUCUGCUAAGGCGGCAAUUGGUAAGGCCAAGGCUUCUAAGAUUAAGAAGGAGGAGGAGGAGAAGGAGAAGGAUACGGAAGAACGCAGCAUUGUUUCGUCAUCCGAGGAUGAGAUGGAGGUGCUGGAGGAAGAGGAGGAAGAACGUCCAGAGAUUACCGCGAAAGCGCGAAAGGAGGUACAGACAAUAAUUGCCUCCAAGGGCAAGGAUCCUUAUCCUGACUGGAAGGCCGGUGCGCCUGUUCCGUAUGCCGCGCUUUGCAAGACCUUCUCGCUCAUUGAGCUCACGACGAAGCGGUUGCAAAUUAUGGAACACUGCUCGCUCUUCCUCCGCCAGGUCCUUCGUCUCACACCCGAUGACUUGCUACCGACUGUGCUUCUCAUGAUUAACAAGCUCGCCCCCGACUAUGCGGGUAUCGAGCUUGGCAUUGGCGAGUCACUCAUUAUGAAAGCCAUUGGGGAGAGUACAGGACGGAGUCUGCAAAUCAUCAAGCAGGACCAAAAGGAAAUCGGCGACCUUGGUCUCGUGGCCGUGAAGAGCAGGUCGACCCAGCCGACCAUGUUCAAGCCCAAGCCUCUAACCGUCAGGGGAGUGCAUCAAGGACUCAUGAGCAUCGCUACUGUCAGUGGCAGCGGUGCGCAGCAGCGCAAGGUCGAUCUCAUCAAAAAGCUACUCUCGGCCUCUGAUCAGAACUCCACCGGAAAGGUCGACAUCACAAAGGAUAAGGGAGGCCCAAGCGAGGCCAAGUUUCUCAUUCGAUUCCUGGAAGGAAAGCUUAGAUUGGGUCUGGCCGAGCGCACAGUUAUAGUGUCACUUGCGCAGGCUGUUGUCGCCCAUGAAGCCGAGGUGAAAGGCAAACUGCCCAGCACGAGCGACAUGGAGAAGGGCGAGAGCAUUCUCAAGCAAGUGUACAGCGAGCUGCCGAGCUACGAUGUUAUCAUUCCCGCCAUGCUCGAACACGGCAUCAUGAAGCUACGGGAUAACUGCAAGCUGAAACCGGGUGUGCCUUUGAAGCCCAUGCUAGCUAAACCCACGAAGGCUAUCACCGAAGUCCUAGAUCGUUUCGAGGGCCAAACUUUCACUUGCGAAUACAAGUAUGAUGGCGAGCGAGCCCAGAUUCACUACUUGGCCAAGGAUGCCCCCAAGGGUGAAGCCGAAGAUCUCAAGAACGCGACUCAUCUCAAAGCGGACGGCGUAGCCGCCAUUUUCUCUCGCAACUCGGAAGACUUGUCCAGGAAAUACCCCGAUAUCCUCGCCAAGCUUCAUGCCUGGGUCAAGACCGACACGAAAAGCUUCGUGCUUGACUGCGAGACGGUCGCCUGGGACGUCAGCGAGAAGAAGGUGCUGCCGUUCCAGCAGCUCAUGACGCGCAAGAAGAAGGACGUCAAGAUCGAGGACGUCAAGGUCAAGGUCUGCGUGUUCGCUUUCGAUUUGCUCUAUCUCAACGGUAACCCCGUCGUGGAAAAGCCUCUGCGCGAGAGGCGAGAGCUGCUCACGCAGUCCUUUGUCCCGGUUGAGGGAGAGUUUGCGUUUGCAACGCACAUGGACAGUCAGGAGCUCGAGGAUAUCCAGACUUUCCUUGAUGAGAGUGUGAAGGCAUCUUGUGAAGGUUUGAUGGUGAAGAUGCUGGACGGCGGUGAAAGCGGAUACGAGCCCAGCAAGCGAAGUCGCAACUGGUUAAAGAUCAAGAAGGACUACCUCUCAGGCGUAGGCGACUCUCUCGAUCUCGUCGUUCUAGGAGCGUACUACGGCAAGGGCAAGCGCACAUCAGUCUACGGUGCCUUCCUCCUCGCCUGCUACAACCCCUUCUCCGACACCUACGAAACAGUUUGCAACAUCGGCACCGGCUUCUCCGAGCAGGUCCUCGAGGACCUCCACUCCCAACUCUCUGAAAUCGUUAUCGAGCGUCCCAAACCCUUCUAUUCCCACUCCUCGGGAACGCAGCACCAGCCCGACGUCUGGUUCGAGCCCCGCUACGUCUGGGAGGUCAAAACGGCUGACCUAACCCUCAGCCCGCGCUACAAGGCCGGUUGCAGAGAGGGCGUCGACCCCUCGGGUGAGAAGGGUAUUAGUUUGCGAUUCCCGCGCUUCAUCCGCGUGAGGGAUGAUAAGAAGGCUGUGGAUGCUACGUCGAGUAGGCAAGUUGCUGAGAUGUAUAGGCGGCAGGAGAGUGUGACGAAGAAUAAGGCGCCGGCUGUGGACGACGAUUUUGAGUAUUGA